GUCUGCUCCGACUCCAUAAAGAGCACUAGGAAUAUAUUCAGAUAUCUCUAUAUAUGUUCAGUUUAGAAGAAGAACGCUUCAUUUAAAACCGGCUAGGCCAUGAGUCUGUUGCAAGUUGUUUUUUGCAUGCUGCUUAUUUCUGGAGUUCUUGUAAAUUAUGGUCUUGUGAAUGGAGGCUGUCUUACAAUCAAGCACGUACCAAAUGGACGCAUGUUCUUUCGGUAUGGGGGACUGUAUGCAAUCUUUACAUGCAAUCAUGGCUUUAAAGUUCAUGGAUAUCACACCAGCAGUUGUGUUGCUGGUCGAUGGACCAGGGCACCCCCUAUUUGUGUAGCUGCUGGUUGCCCAGACAUUGGAAGCAUCCUUCAUGGAAGUCGGACUUUGAAUCACGACAGCUCGUUGAUCUUCUUUGCAUGUGAUAAAGGUUAUCGACUCUCAGGACCCUCACUUCUUUACUGCAAUGGCCCAACAUGGAAUGGCUCCAAGCCAGUAUGCAAAGAGUCUGACAUGACAAUUUCUGAAAAAUACAAGCAUCUUCUAAGAUCCAGAUUUCUCCCAGGCCUGAACACCCCAUCUGGAUGGAAACAAUUCCUUCGAUUUCCAUUUGGGAAUGUUGCCAACUCUGCCAAUAAAGACAUUUUCCUUAAGCAGGACUUAAUUCCAGAGCCUAUUUCAAAGAGAAUCCAACAAAAAGUGAUUGAGAGUGAUCCAGCUCCUGGUGGAGAGCCUGUCCGUGAUCGAGAGGAGAAUCCAUAUCUAGACAAAGCUCUUCAUUCAAGGGACAACAAAAAUGACAACCAUCACAAAAUGCAAAGCAGAUUCCUGCAGAUCAGUCCAGAAUCCAUCACUGAAUUUUCUUCACCAACUAGAAAGCCUGACACCAAUGUUUCAAUGACAACAACAUCAGAUGUACUUAUGGAAAGUAACAUUCAGUCUUCAGAUACCAAAAUGUCUUCAUUACCUACAUACACUCCAGCAACAUCCAGCAAUGAUUUAUACCCCAAAUCUUCACCCACUGAUGUUUAUUCCAGACUAAGGUCAUUCAACACAGCUGAAUCCACACUCUCCUUUUUUAGUUCAUUUUCUGAAAACAAAACAUUGGUAACUAAUCUCACAGAAGAACAUCCUCGUUUAUCAGACACCAGUAAAUCAGCAGGCCCUACUGCAUUACACAGGGACCAUAUACUAGGGAUCACUAUUCCAGACCAUUUUCGCACAGCAGGUUACACAAUUAAAACUGAGACAAACAGCUCUACACCCCAUAAUAACUUCUCUUCGGAUGAUGGAGAAUUAACAUUUCUAACUGCACCAAAAGAUAACCAAACAAAGACUAUUCAUGGUUUGACAUUCCAUGAUACAAUAAAUGCUUUACCAGGAAGUCUUCCAGGUGUUGCUGACAAUCCUGCUAUUGCACAAAACAAUUUUGUGGAAAUUGAACUUCAGCAAGUACCGCUGUCUCCAUCUAGAAGAAGGCCAGUGUGUCCUUAUCCUCCGUUGCCAGCUCAUGGCACAUUCUACUUCCACACUAUGGCUGAUGCAUCACCACAGCAGUACAAAUACUACAUACAGUAUUCAUGUUACACCGGACACAAACUCACGGAUGGUGACGUCUACAGCUUCUGUUUACCAAAUGGGACCUGGAGUGGAGUUACACCUACGUGCUUAGACAGAGAUGAGUGUUCGGAGAAUAAUGGGGGCUGCCAGCACAACUGCUCAAAUACUCUGGGAAGCUACCAAUGCUACUGUCAGCCUGGCUUUCAGCUGGAACUAGACCAAAGAUCAUGCACAGGUAAGUGAUAAAUACAAAUGCACAUUUCC